AUGACACUCCUGAACCGCCACCGAGAACUCGUUGCGAAGCUCAAGUCAGUCCGAUAUCCGCAUGUGGUACGCGAGUACAACGCAGCUGCUGACUCGCUCGCUGGUGAGGCAUUGGAGUCGAAGGUGUCUAAAGUGGUGCUCAACGACCACCGCAAGACUGAGCUCAAGGAACCGAACAGAAUCCAAGAAAUGAUCUAUGAGCCGUCUUCAGACGACAUCAAGGUCAAAAACACGAGUUCAGGGACUUUCGUUCAAAUUCUAGACGGAAAGACACGUUAUAUUCAUGCUACGACCAGCGAUAUUCUGCAACAACUCCAAGAAGAGCGAAGGCGCCGUAUCGCCCAGGCUCAGGACGAUGAGCUGAGGUGGUCGAACCUGAAAGCUGUCCUGAGAGGAGAAACCACAGCGAUGACCUACAACAAGUGGGCGGACAACUUUGUGCUAUCAAGUGCCAAUGUCCUGUAUUACACGGGCGUGAGUAGAAGAAAGGUCGAGGAAAACCUGCCCGAGAUGUCGUUGAGGCUUGUGGUGCCAACCACAAUGAUCCAAGAGAGAGUAAAACACGACUACUACUGGAUCAGUCUCUACGCAGAUGUGGAGAAACAUGUGAAAUCAUGCCUCGACUGCAGCUCGAGUAAGAGCCUGCCGCAGCUCAAAGGCUACUCACCUGGCAGUGUGCUCGCAGAGCGACCAUUCCAGGUGAAUACCGAUGUCCUGGCUGUGGCCAAGGUGUUCGAAGAAUGCAUCUACAGACGAUUUGGUGCUCCGUCUCUUAUUCGCCACGACCGAGACCCACGCUUCAUGAGCGAGGUCUUCCAGGCCUUUGCCGAGUUAAUACAAGCACGGUCAAGGGCGAUACUAUGCUACCGACCACAAGCAAACGGACUGCAAGAGCAGUCGGUCAAAACCGUAAUGCAGUCUGUCACAGUCUACGUGGAAGACCCCCUACAGCAAGACUGGGAUGAGAUCGCUGAACGACUGGUGUUUUGGUAUGACCAGGAAAGAGACAUCAUUCUAUUUGGUACAUGGAUGGGAUGCCCAUACGACACUACAAGCAAUGGUAUUGGUAAGCAGACUGAGGCACUAGCCUGGCGACGAGAGAUUAACCACCAACUGCAGAUUGCUCUCGAGAUGGCAAAGGAAUACCAAGCUGUAGAGAAGGCCCGACGCGCUAGAAUUCACAACGAGAAGCUCAGUCGCAAAGAGCAAACCGCGAUACCAAAAGGUGUGAACGAUGGCUCGUCCGACGAUGACUCGGAACCGAGAGUGAAGCGGAAGGUCGAAGAGCUCGCGUACGAGCUAGGGUUACCAGAUAAAAGCGGGUAUCGGUUCAACCCAGUGGGAGCGAGAUUCGACUUUGAAGAGCUGUUGCCCGAAGACAGCUGGAAGCCAGAUGAAGCUGCCGGUGAAUUCGAGGUGGAAGCGAUUUUGAGCGACAGAACACCAAUGUCGACCAGCACGGACAGACCUGUGCGCGAAUUUGAGGUGAAGUGGGUUGGCUACGAGUCAACUACAUGGGAACCAGCCUCUAACUUGUCGUGUGGAGGGCUCCUGUAUGACAACUAG